AUGCCUUCUCGCUCCAACCGACUGCGCAACCGCAAGGCGCUCACAGGAGAUGAAAGCGAUGAUAGCACAGAGGAGAUAAAGGUGCCAUCAAAAGCGCCUCGUGCUCGUACUGCAAGGAAGGGUCGCGCUCCCCCCGCCGAGCCGCCGGGCAGACUACGCCGCCUUCUCUCCGUCCUCCUGGCCACGACGCUGCUCCUUGCGCUGUACCAGGGAGCACGACUCUACGUGCAAUCGAACACUUCAGCUCGCAGUGCUAGCUCCACAACGACGCUCGGACGCGGCAACGUCGGCCAAUUUGUCAAGUCCUUCUGGCAACAGGGGCGAGGUGGAUUGAUACCGCCUGUACCGAAGCAACAACAAGCCGUCGGCGGGAUGGUCCUUCACCCCACGGCCAACGACGAGCAAGACGCCGAAUCACCGCAAGUUCUUUCAUCAGACAAUGCCGACGUCCGCCUCGAAGACCUCGACAUGGACACACUCCAAGCCGCCUUCGAUGCUCUCUAUGGCGACGAUGGGCCCCUUGGCCCGCAAAGGAGCAAGGAAGACGGCUCGUAUCGAGUGGUGAAUCAAGGGCGAAAAGAGGGCCUCAACGAAUGA